AUGGUGAUUUGCGUUAUCCUGGGCUCAGCAGGACCUCACUUUGACUUUAAUAUCCAAACAGCCUCACCGGAGUCUCUCAACGCCAAGCGCAUCACCUUCUUCUCUAUAGUCCUGUCUCUCGGUCUUGCGUGGGCUCCCCUCGCUGCAGACUACUAUGUCUACUACCCACCCCAGAUGAAGCGCUGGCGAACAUUCCUCAUGACGGUUCUCGGCGCCGCGCAGGCCAUGUCCAUCACUCUCCUCGUCGGCAUCGGACUGGGCACCGCGGUUGCCAGCUCCACAUACUAUUCCAGCAAAUACGGCACAGGCCCCGGAGGCCUGCUGAUGACAGCCUAUGACAGCCUGGGCGGGUUUGGCAAGGUCUGCGCUGUGAUCAAUGUCCUUGCCUUGGUUGCAAACAAUACCCCUGGGGCGUACUCGAUGGGCAUCAACUUGCAAAUGCUGGGUGGAUUUCUCGGCAGGGUCCCAAGACCUCUUUCUACGACUCUUGCGACUAUUGUCUAUGCUGCGUGUGCAAUGGGGGGCCGUAACUCUCUUUACAGUGUUUUCAAAUCUUUCUUGCCUCUUAUUGGAUACUGGACUGUCAUCUACGUGAUGGUUGUCGUUCUGGAGGAUGCUAUUUUCCGUCGGCGAAAUGGAUAUGAUUGGUCUGCGUGGAACACGCGCUCUCAGUUGCCGAUGGGUCUUGCGGCAAGUUUUUCUUUCUUUGUUGGGUGGGCUGGUGCGAUUGUUGGUAUGUCUCAAGCAUAUUAUACAGGCCCGAUCGCGCGCCUCGCCGAUGGGGCUGAUUUGGGUCUUUGGCUGGCUGCGGGCUUUACUCUAGUGGCCUUCCCUGCGUUGCGGGUAUUGGAGCUGCGGUAUAUCGGUCGCUAA